GAAAGCGAGAUGUCUGAUAAGUCUAAAACAUCGGAUAAAUCAAAAUUUGACAAGUUGGUCGAAGGUGGAGAUAUUACUCUCAACUGUAUCAUUUCCGGUGGGGGGAGAAAUAUUUUCGAUGUAACAAUAUCUAACGCUAACAACAAUAGAGUCUCUUCUCUCGCGGAGGCAAUCAGAAACCGUUGUCUGCAAAUCACCUCAACGGCAGAUCUAUUUAAGGAUAUUGAUUCGAGCAGGUUGGCUUUAUAUAAGGUCGGAUUCAUAUCUGAUAAUGUCGUAAUCCUCAACUUAAGUAACAACGAGUACUACGAAGUAGAUGGUGCUGAAAGAAUGGAAGCGCAAGAUAAAAUUUUUAGUCAUUUCCCCAUACAACCCCAACAAAUCUAUGGUGGUGAAAAGGGAAUCAAUGUUAUUGUAUAUCCUCCUACUGAAACG